GUGGCAUGAGAAAGAGAGACUCUCCCAUAAAAGCGCGACAGUUUUCCGAAUGGCUGAAGAUUCUUGCCAACUACAACCGUGCCACUCGUUGCUUGAAUAACCUGAACUACAGGGUUAGGUCUCUUCUUUUGGUUUCAGGAGACAUGGUGCUCUGGACCAUUUUCCCGGUCUCCCUCUCCCUGGUGUCCUUCCUUGGGACAUGGUCUGUAUAUGGGCUGGCCUUUGCUAACAGGCAUGUGUGCUCUCUCAGUGACUGGGGCACCAACAACUACUGCAAAGAGAAUCGGACAACUGAAUGUUGCCUUGUUCCUACUAUAAGCUCAAGUGGAAUAGGCGCGCCAGAAAAUUCCCUUUUUACCGCCACUAUCAACGCAGGGUCCUUUCUGUUUCUGCUGUUCUGUAUUUUCCACCAUGCCCAUGUCAUGGAGAAACACGCAUGUCACUCCAUGCUGAGUAGGUUUGCGCUCGUCUUUGGUGUGGUGGCGGCCUUGGGGGCAUUCGCGGCUGGGAACUGCAAUCCAGGUUACCUGGCCCUGCUUCACUACCUCGGAGCUGCCCUGAGCUUCCUGUGCAUCUGCUUCUACACCGUCCUGCUCACCGCUCUGACCGGCAAGUGUGUGCUGACCGGAUACGAGAAGUUCCUCUACCCGUUCCGCAUCGGCUCCACUGUGGUUCAGACUCUCGUCACCAUCUGCUAUACUAUUUUGUUUGCCCAGGAAGAGUACUAUUACCUGCACCUGUCGGCUAUAUUUGAGUGGAUGCUCAGCGCCAACCUGGAGCUGUUUGAGCUCAGCUUCAUGGUGGAGUUUUGGUUCUUCUCGUCCUUCAUGCUCUCAAAUCUGUUGAGCAGACGAGAGGAAGAAAAGCCUUUGAUGUUGACCAUGUCCUGAUAUGAGGCCGCCAGGGUCCAGGUGAGCACAUGAGCAGUGAUGGACUGAGUUUGACAUCUGGAAAGACAUCUGUGAAUGGGCCGUGGCUUGAAGAGCAAUACCUUUUUUCCCAUCAUUCCCCUGUGGCUGGAUUUAAUUCUAUUCAUGGAUAAUGACUGCUUUUCUUUCACCCUCUUGUCUCAAAUUUGAUAAUAUUCUCUACUGGGUGAUCCUUAUUCCUUACUGUAGUUGAUAUUCCGUAUUUAUUAAAACAAGCCUGAGCAGGAAAUGACCAAAACAUAGUAUUAUGCGUUUGGGAAAGCCGUUAACGAUACUCUGCCAACAGUGUUUUUACUUCCUGUUUAUGCUAAAGAUCAACAAAGACUUCAUUGGGUAGACUAAAUAUGACCACGUAUAACGUAUAUUUCAAAGGUCAUGAAAAUCUCCCUGGUUUUAGCUUCUCAUUAAAGUUAUUUCACCACUUGCGUAUACUUUGACACUUUAAUAAAGUCAUGAACAGUGUGAACAUUGAGAAGCUGUGUCAUUCUAUUUAGUUUUUGAUUCCCUAAGACGUCAGAAGAUCCGGUUCUGCGGACAACUAAUAGCGAGAGACAGUUAGACCUGUUUUGAAUUCAUACGCACCAAAAACCAAGAUCGUUAACGAUUGGGCGGUAAAGAAUGUACAGGGCAGACGUCUGCCUCCUUUCCAUUGCACGUUUGUAGGUGGAGUCGGUUUCGGAGUCUAGAGCGAGAAUCUGGCAUUCAUUUACCUUAGAAGAAUAUCAAAGUAACAAGUCAAAAUAACAUAAAUUGGAAGGUUGCUGGGUCCAACAAGCAGCUUAAAGUAUUUUUCCAUAAGUCAGUGCUACACUUCGAAACCAUUGAACUUCAACAAAGUAAGACGUCGACCUGAUUUUAAU